AGAAGCAGUUUGUUCAGCACUUCUGUUUAGGUUUUUCAUGACAAAAAAAAAAACAAAGAAUCUUUCAUAUCUUGGCCAUAAAAGAGGAUCAGUUUCCUGGACUAAGCGGUUGCAUGGAUAUUUUUGUGAAAUCUAGAAAGUAAUGAUGCCAACUUUAGGAUCAAAGAAGAAAGACAAUCCAUCCAAAAUGGACAAACAUGAAGACUUUCCACAGUUGAGCAAUGAGAUGCAGCUGAGCAUCAUGAACAAGGUGAAGAGCGGAGAGCUGUCCAUUGAGGAUGCUCUGAACCAGGCCAGGAAGGACAGACAGCAGCUGCUCAGACGGAAGAGCCUGGCUGAAGAGGAACCGCCACCCUCACAGUACAACUUCAGUGUUCACAAGCACAGCCGCUACAGGUGGCAGAAGCGGGUUGUUCAGAUUGAUUUCAAGACCAAAAUGCUGUGCAACAUCGAGAAAGGCAUCAUCAAGCGACAAUUCCCCUUCUCCACUGUCAAGAGUUGUGAUGAUGGAGUGGGCUCCAGGUUCACCAUUUCCUUGAAAGGACAUCAUGAUUAUGAAUUAGAGGCCACUUCACUGGAGGACAAACACAAGAUGAUGCAGCUUGUGAAUCAGAUCAUUUAUGGGAACAUAUACAGUGAUCCUGAGGAGGGUAAUGCAGAAACACAGCAGCAGCCUCAAAGAUCAGAGAGCCUUCGGGAGGGCGUCUUGUUGCUGCACCGAGGAGGCCUGGCAUCGUUCAAAUGGGUGAAAUAUGAUGUUCAUCUCCACCAGGGCCAGCUAACACUGGUCCCCUUCAGGCGACAGGCCCCCGCUGACGGUGAGGUGACGACCUCGGUGCCCAGGUCCACCGUGAUUCACCUGUCAGACGGAGACACCAGAGUUCAGAAACCUCAAAGCUCCGACAGCUUCACCCUGAUCACCCACAAAAAUGAGUACAAGUUCAAGGUGCCUGUACCGCAUCAAACAGCUGCCCCCGGGGCCGUCCAGAGGGAGCGAGACGCUUGGGUCAAGGCCAUUCACAAACUGUGCUCAGACUGGAAGAGGAAGUCGAUGGCGGAACACUUUUUUGUGGAAACGAAGGAACUGCGAAAUCUCAGUAUAGCCGAAGACGCGGAGGACACUGACACAGAUCUCGAGUCAAGCGGUGGAUUUGGCGGCAGAAAUAUGACUUAUCCUCCAGUUGAUUAUGAACAUGCAGAUCCCGCUUCUGUGGGUGGAGAUCAUUUAUCAGCCGGUGACACGAGUCAAAGUUAUCCCUCAGCCGAUUAUGCAAAGCCUGUUCCUAAACCUCGCAGCAAAGGAAACGCUGCUGAUAUCAAGCCUGAUAUUUUGCCUCCCGUCCCGUCACCGACCUCACCAACCUCCCCCGCUGUCUUUGCCUUGUCUUCACCCACUUCCCCUCGACCCUCACCCUCCGUUACUGCCCUCACAUCCUCCUCCACGGUCCCAGAGUCUCUUAACCAUGAAUCUGGCUCAUCAGGUGUGAAAGGGCCCUCGCCCCCGAGGGUCCCGGUACCCCCACCUUUACCCUUUAAAACCCUGAUGCAGUCAAGAAAACCACGCACCAAGGCUUUCCACUGGGAUGUAGCUGUCUCAGAUAAGAUUGCAAAAUCAUUUUGGACACAAGAAAGCGGCAGGAGGAUUGAAAUCGACACAUCGCGCCUAUAUGAGCAAUUUGCCGUCAAAGAUCUGGGGACGUUUGAUGUGGCAGAGCCGAGCCAUACGCAGCAUAUUAUGCUCAACCAGAAGAUUGCACACAACUUCAACAUUUUCCUCAAAAGUUUUCCAGUGCAACCGGGAGAGCUGAAGGACAAACUGUUCAUCAUUAAUGAGGAAGAUGGAGGCCUGUCUGAUGAGCACAUCACCUCUCUGAGGAGGUACGUCCCCACAAUGGAUGAUGUGGAAAUGUACAAAUCCCACAAAGGACCUGUGACAGAGCUGCAUAUUGUGGACCAGUACAUGAUGGAGAUGUGCAACAUCCCGUGCCUCAGCAUACAGCUCGACCUGCUGCUGACUCUGAGAGAGCUUCCGAUCAGCAUGAACGACCUGCAGCCUCUGAUUAACAAGAAGAUCAGAAUGUGCACGCAGCUGAACAACUGCAGGUCAUUUGUUUCCGUGCUGGAGUACCUCCUCGCCAUUGGCAAUUACCUCAAUGAGAACGCCAGGAAGGAAAAGGCCAAGGGAUUCCGCCUCUCCUCCUUAACUAAACUCUCCCAGCUCCGUGGGAGAGACAGGAAGUUCACCUUGCUCCAUGCCCUUGUGGAGCAGAUCAUGUUGCAUGAACCAUGCCUGGCCACUUUUACCCAGGAGUUGGCAGAAUUUGAAACUGUCCCAGGAGCUUCCAUCAAAGGCCUGACCGCAGAAGUAGAUGUCCUGAAGAAUGAACUGCAGAAAGUUAUCCAGUAUAAAAAAACUUCGGCCAAGAAGAAAAAUGCUGGAGUUCAUCACCCUAACUUCUCCAGAGACCUGAAGUUGGCAAUUGAGAAAUACAACACGGAUCUCUCGGCUCUGACGAAGACGUGUGAGGAGAUGAAGAAACUCUACUCUGUCAUUCUGGUUAAAUUCUGUGAACCGGAGGACCAAGACUCUCAGGAGCUCUUCGGGUUGAUCUCUCAGUUCAUCCAUGACUUCAAGAUGGCCCACGCUGAAAUUAUAUGAGUUAAAUUGUAUAGAGCACAUAUGAGUAUGUUUAAACAAGGAGAUCAUCUCUUCUAAGUCAGUUCAGAAAGAUUAAAUUAUAGGAUAUAAGCUCAAAUGCAGUGUUUGAUAUUAAAGAGGACCUAUUAUGCUCAUUUCUCUGGUUCAUACUUAUAUUUAAGGUUUCUACUAGAAUAUGUUUACAUGCUUUUAUGGUCAAAAACUGUUGAUUUUUGCCAUACUGUCUGUGCUGGAACACCUGUAUUCACCCUCUGUCUAAGACACUCCAUUUAAGCGCCUGUCUGUUUGAGGCCCCUUCCCAAAAAGCACAGUGGUUAGUCAGCAAUUGUGGGCCUUCUUGGCAUCUCUGCACCAUCACUGCAGCCUGGGAAUGACUAUAAUGGAAAAAAAUUGCACUUUUUAACACAAAAAAUGUUCAAAACACAACCAUGUUACAGAAGAACUGACUUGACAACCAAGAUCACGUUUCCCUUGCCUCCGAAAGUGGGAAGAGACUAACAACAUCAGCAAGUUAAAGAUUACUUUACAUAUAUAUACCUCAUUAUUUGAAAUCAGGUUUAAUAUGAACAUCUGUCAUUGUUACACUACAUAUAUGUUCACAAAAUAUGGAAAGCAUAAAAGGUCCCCUUUAAAGAUAAUAAAAUGUUGCACAGAUUUAUAUUUCUAGCAGCUGUUUGUAUUUUUCUCCAGAGUUGUUGUACAGAUAUUUUAUUUUAUAAUGGGCUCUGGAUGUGAUUCAUUGUACAGACAUUCAGAGUGAAGUGUACAGUGAUGCUCAUAGACCUGGAUGACAGGAUGUCAGUGGAAAUCAAUUUUGUGAAUAUUAAACUGAUUUAUGUCA